AUGGGUCAAGAACCAUCACAUUAUCAUCAUCAUCAUCCUCAUCCUCCUCAUCAUCAUCACCAUCCACUCCCGUAUCCACAACCUGCAGCUUAUUAUCCACCGCCUCAAGUUCCACAUAUUCAUAUACCACCACCUGUACCUCAAUAUUGUCCAUCAUCGGUACCUGGAUAUUGUCCACCACCACCACCAUAUCAUCAUCAUCAUCAUCAUGGUUAUCAUUAA